UCAAGUGGCUGGAUGAACCUUCGCUUGCCUUGGUAAGAAUCAUUGCUCUUAGUACAGUCCAUUUAUUCAUUUAGUGCGUAUUCUUCCAGCACUUACCUGGAGAUACAAAGAUGAUUGAGUAAAGCUGGCUGCUUUCAGGACCUCCCAGUCUAUAGGAGAGACACUCGAACAAGUUAUGUACAAAGCCUUUUGACAUUGUUGAACCAAACAAACAUGGUCUCUGCUAUCGUUGUCAGGGUUCUUAGUAGCAAGCAACAGAAGUGGCUGAUUCAAGCAGAAAAAGAAUGUGUUGAAAGGCCGUUUGAAGAGCUCACAGAAUGACCAGGAAGGUAGGACCACAAAGCUGACAAAACAAGCAGGCAUAAAAGGGAAGCUCUAAAACAGCCAGUAUCACACCAACAGAACCAGCCCAGGGGGCCACUGUUGCAUCGCCGCUAAGCUUGGUAAACAUGGACGUUGCAUUGUGCAUCACCUGCGCUGGACCCUGCCUGCUACUGUCACUACCUCUCCAAGUUCCUGAAACCCAAAGCUGGUUGCCACCACCAAGGUGGACUUUUUUGCUGCCCUGGGUCACUAGUUUCUAAUUCAAAGCCCUAGGUGGGUGUCCUGAUUGGCUAAGUCUUGGCCACGUGCCCAUGCCCUGACUUCAAGAAAAGCUGGGAGAACCAACUUCUGGCAUUUGAAACUUCAAAAAUGGGAGUCAGGCUCUGAACACUGUCUGCCCCCAAACUCAUAAGGCAGGGAAUUCCCCAAACGUGGGAAAGAAGUUCAGAUGGUUUAUAAUUGGAAUGCAGCAAAGAGCUAUCAAGCAAAUGAUUAUUCCGUCACAGGAUUUUAAGCUUGACUUUGGCAAUCCCCAAGGCAAAACUAGUGAAACUUGGCAUGGAGGUAUAGCCACCAUUUUUGAAAGUCCUGGCGAUGAAGUAUGGGGAGUAGUAUGGAAAAUGAACAAAAGCAAUUUAAGUUCUCUAGAUAAGCAAGAAGGGGUUAAAAGUGGAAUGUAUGUCCCAAUAGAAGUUAAUGUUUCUACUCAAGAAGGAAAAGAAAUAACCUGUCGAAGUUAUCAGAUGACAAAUUAUGAGCGUGUUCCCCCAUCACCCCAGUAUAAAAAGGUGAUUUGCCUGGGUGCAAAAGAGAAUGGUUUGCCACCGGACUAUCAAAAGAAGUUAAACGCAAUAGAACCAAAUGACUACAAAGGAAAGGUCUCAGAAGAAAUUGAAGACAUUAUCAAAAAGGGGGAAGCAAAAACUCAUUAGAACCUAAUAGAAUACGUCUACAGAUAUUUUCUCUAUAUGCUAAUACAUUUUUAACAUUUAGAACGGGAAUCUGGGAUAUCUCUCUGUUUAAUAUAUUUUCAACAGUGUUCUGAAGGGGUAUCUCACUUGGGUGAUUCCUUGUUUUCAGGCUAUAAAAAGGCCAGGAUAGGAGUUAGACAAUUGAAAAGGGGGCCUUGCGGCAUUGGAAUGCAUGACAAGUAGAUGUGAGUAUUCCUUCUGUGAACCCUUAAAGUUAUUUUAUUGAGUUGAUCUGAAGUGUAUUUUUGCUCUGUGAUAAAGGGUAGAUUUGCAACUUAAGGAUGGUGCUGGUAAAUCACUCUGCUCUGGGAUUUUUUCUUAGCUUACUAAGAGCAAGCAAACUGCAGAAGCAAUUGAUUAUAACAACUUCAAAAUUUAAAAGAUGGCAUACUGUUCUUAGAGGAAUAAAUGUAUUUAUGGUUUCACCUAUA